CGCCCCGUGACCCGGAAGCAGUCGCUCGCUCGGGCGCGGAGGCGGCGGCGGCGGCGGCUCCGGCUGCUCGGGGCGCGAGGAUGAACGCUCCUCCCGCCUUCGAGUCGUUCCUGCUCUUCGAGGGCGAGAAGAAGAUCACCAUUAACAAGGACACGAAGGUCCCCAAUGCCUGCCUGUUCACCAUCAACAAAGAAGACCACACGCUGGGGAACAUCAUUAAGUCCCAGCUGCUGAAGGACCCGCAGGUGCUGUUCGCCGGCUACAAGGUCCCACACCCCCUGGAGCACAAGAUCAUCAUCCGCGUGCAGACCACGCCAGACUACAGCCCCCAGGAGGCCUUCACCAACGCCAUCACCGACCUCAUCAGCGAGCUCUCCCUGCUGGAGGAGCGCUUCCGGGUGGCCAUCAAAGACAAGCAGGAAGGGAUCGAGUAGCUCUUCCCUGUGCAGAUGCCCUGCGGUGUAGACGCCCCGCACUCCCUCCCCCCAGCCAUGUUUGUAUAUAGAUUUUCUCCCCAAUAAAAUGGUACUCAGAGAAGA